GGUCGAUCAAAUGAUUGUGUUUCGGAGAAGCAAAUCUUCUGGUUGCGAUAGAAGAAGUGAAACAAGCACUGUUAUUCCCCGCCCCCAACUAGCUGACACUGACACAACUAGCGAGUUCCUUGUCGCGCGCGGGUCAACAUCAUGAGUUCGUCUUUCUACAUCGAGUCGCUAAUCCAGAGCAGUAAACCGAAACCUUCAAGCGCUUCCAUCUCGGAGACAAGACACAGCUUCGAACCAGCUGUUCCCUGCUCUUGCUGUUGGACUCCUUCGCAAUCUGAAGCCUCAGGAUUAUGUCAGCUCUGUAUUCCAACAAGUCCGGCGGUCCAUCCAUUUUUACACGUCCGCGGAGCGACCAUCCCUGAUGCAGCAAGUCUGUACUCAAAAGCCGAGUUUCUGAAAGCGGAACAUGCUCAUUUACAGCCUCACUACGCAAGCAGCGAAGAAGAUCGCCUCCGCUUAGUGUCAUACGUUUCCCGCGCCACGGAGCCGGGUAAUGUGAACAGAGGAAAUUCAAGAUCAAAACGCAUUCGCACAGCAUACACAAGCAUGCAGUUACUGGAGCUUGAAAAGGAAUUCAGCCAGAACAGAUACCUAUCCCGCCUGCGCAGGAUUCAAAUCGCCGCGCUUUUAGAUUUAUCCGAGAAACAAGUUAAGAUCUGGUUCCAGAAUCGCCGAGUCAAAUGGAAAAAGGACAAAAAAGCCGCCCAGCACCAAGUCACAGAAAGCGCUCAAAGCCCGCUUUCCCCUUCAAGUUAAAGAAGCCCCGUUGAUCAUUUCUACGUCUGCUAAAAGAGAGCAAAUUACGUACAUGUAAAUAUAUAGAAAAUUAUAGAAGGUAACGACUUUUUUUGUACAAUAGUUUUACGGAACAAAAAGGUGUCUAAAAUGGCUGCAUUAAUCGGAUAAUUCAUUAUAAGGCUAAUUAAAUCCUUGGUGAAACGCAUCGACUCUGUCACAUCCACGCGAUAAGACACGAUAAUCAUUACUUCAAAAUGCAUUCGACGUUAGAAAGAUUGACCUGAGUCGUAAAUACACGAAAGAACGAUCGAUCGCGUAUAUCUUCUUUUGUAUCUGUAUUGCUAGUGUUAGGCAAGUACAGUUUGUAUUUCAGGAACCAAGGAUGUACAAAGUACUUCAAGAACAUAUGUUCAGUCUAAUUGUUGUAGAAAAAUUAACGAAGGUCUUUAGCAAUGAAAAGCCAUUGGUUCUUCCAAAUAAAAAGAUAUCUGAAUUGACUAAAAA